AUGUCAACCACUACUUGUCUCCAGCUCGAGGAGCUGUCAAAUAAACCGUCCCCUUUCCAUCGUUGUAUUUCUUCUGAAAGUCGCUUUCAGCAUUCUAUACCUACUACAACGCACGCGAAGGUAGAUGAACAAACAUCAACGCUUAUCACUCCUUUGGAAGCGAAGCAAAGGGUGCUGUUACUUAGGGCGGCCCGAGAACAAUAUACCUUGGUAGAUAACCAUCACGUUCCUUCCAUCCUUCACCCAGGAGAAGUUCUUGUCAAGGUUUUGGCGAUCGGCCUGAACCCGAUCGACUGGAAAGGGCCAGCAUACAAUUUUGGAAUUCCCAGUCUUCCAUGGAUUAACGGGCGCGACUUAGCAGGACUUGUACUCCAAGUCCCCAACGAGUCCUCCCGCCUCCGUGUAGGCGAUAUUGUUCUCGUGCCAUCCACAGAUUACCGAGACAUCAGAAAAGCAGCUUUCCAAGAAUACGCAAUCGCCACUGACUUCAACGCCGCGCGCAUUCCAUCUUCAACAUCUAUCCACGCAUCGGCUUCACUUGGUGUGGCCUUUGUUGCCGCCGUAUUAGCCCUGGGCGUCUCGUUCGGACUAGACUUCUCCCGUCUUACACAAUCCCCAGGGCCCAACCUGAUGAACGUCGUCAAUCAACUCAAUAAGAAUGAUGUUCCCGCCGAUGUUCAGGAUGAAGUUUUUGCUAUCCAUGAUGAAUCGGAUCGGCCUCAGCGAGGUGAUUGGCUUGCAAUCUGGGGGGCGUCAACAACUACCGGACUGGUGACCCUUCAACUAGCAAAGCUUGCCGGUCUACGAGUGAUCUGCGUAGCAGAUAUUGCACGACACGGUGCCAAACUCUUAGAAUCCGGCGCCGAUCUACUGGUCGAUCGACACGACACAGAUCGAGCAGUGGAGAUCAUCCGUGGGGUUACCGGUGGUAAGCUGAGGUAUGCUAUUGAUAUUGUUGGCAAGGAUACAGCCACGAUACUCGAGAAGACACUGGAUGCUUCGGGAAAUGCCCAUCUCUUAGGGCUUACUGGUCUGCCCAAGGAGCGGAAUCCUGGCAUUAAAUACCAUACUGUGCCCAUUAAGCUUUUUCACAGUGCACCUGCAGUAGGUGAGAGUAUGGUUACCUGGCUGGAGAGUUUGCUGCAAUCGAGUACCUUGACCCUGCCGGAAAUUGUUCGUGCAGAGGGUGGAUUGGAGGGUAUCAAUGCUGCUCUGGACAUUCUGCGAAGUGGGACGGUUUCUGGGAAGAGGAUUGUGGUUGAUUUGGGCUCGGAGGAGUCUCGGCCCUAA